AUGAAUGAGCCAUUAUGCGUGCUGAAUAUAAGAAAUGCAAAGAAAGCUGAAAUAAUCUACGUCAAAAAACAUGGAAAGCAAGCGGAAGAAGCAAGAGAAAGAAGUAAUAAUCUCCAAAAUUUCUUGGAUGCUAUCAGAAGUUUUCAAAAUAUUAUCGAUGAAAUUCGUAGCAUUAUCAGAUCGAUUGAGGCUUUUUGGAAUUAUCAGGUUGUUAAUGUUGAAAUUCUUGUUAAUACAGCAAGAGAGUGUGAAGAAUGUGUGGAAAUAUAA